AUGCCAGAGAGGCAGCUGAAAAGACAGGUUGAGUCAAAGAAGACUGAAGCACCUUAUAACUACUUGAUGUUUAAAGAUGCUGGAGAUCUCCAGUCAGUGUUUCUUGAAGGCAUAGACAGACCCGGAUUUGGUGACAAUCUUCCCGCCUUGCCAGUUCCUCCGAUAGAGCCCUUGCCAAAAAUUACAGUCGACCCGAGGGAACCCACCGAAGAUGAGGAGAGAAAAAUGUUUAAAGCAGCCACUAUGGCCAAGUAUAUGUAUUUGUCAAGGGCUUAUGUGUUCGAAUAUCAGAAGAUGUUUCCACUAAUGCAUCAGCGCAACCUGGAGGACCAUGGUGAAAAUUAUGGCUUGAUGGAAUGUAUGGAGCUGUACAGAUAUGCAGUCAAGAAGUAUGCGGCAAAUAUACCGGAGUUUCUACCGGGAUUAAUCAGCCCUGAGUAG